AUGUCAGACGAAGGUGCUUCAUUCAAAGAACAAAUACUCGACGUUGCGCGCAGAAACAACACCGAACUUUUUGACGAGAUUUUGGCCAAUGCUGCUGGUGAACAGAUAUCAGAUAUAAUAAACCAUUCAAAAGAUGCUUUAGGAAAUACUCCUUUACAUUUGGCUGCUAAAUAUGGUUCAUUUGAAGUCUUGGAUACAAUCUUGGAUCAAGAAGGUACUGAAGUUGACCCAGUAAAUGUCAUUGAUGGUGAUACUCCAUUGCAUUUGGCUGUGCGCUAUAGUGAAACUGAACCUGAACAUGGUGCCUUCAUUGCUGAAACUUUGAUCGAAGCAGGUGCUGAUGCAAGAAUAAAGAAUAAAGGUGGAUUCACCCCAGUGCAAUUGAUACAUAAUGAAAAUCCACAAUUAAGAGAAUUAUUACAAUCAGCAGAAUACGCUGCUGCUUUAGAACAAGAAGGUCAAUUAAACAGUGAGUAUUAUUUCCAACGUGAUCUGAAUGAGAAAUUAACAUUGAAAGAUGAAGAUGAUGGACCAAGUGACGAUGAAGGUUCUGCAAGUGAUAGUGAUUAG